AUGAAUAACAAAGACGACGACGAAGACGACGACAGUGAAGAAGAAGAAGUAGACAUCGUUGAUGAUGAUCCCAUUAAGGAUAUAUCUGAGAAAUUAGUUCAAUGUCCGGAUUGCCAACGACGAAUGCGGCCGGAAAUUUUCUCAAAACAUCCAAAUGUCUGCCGUGAAAAUCCAGCAAAAAAACGAAACAUUCGUGUAUUUGAUAUGACACAAUAUCGAGCAAUAAGAUCAGGUGACAAAGUUAUACCAGUACAAAAAGUAUCGCCUUUCAAUGAAAAUAAAUUAAACAAUCCUAAUAGUAACAAUAAGCGUCCAUCGCAAACACGCAGCGCUAAACGUAACCGCCGACUGGAUGAUGUGGUCGUGCCACCUGUUAUUAACAAUUUCUGCUGUCCAAAUUGUAAACGUACAUUUUGUGAAAAAGCUUAUGAUCGUCAUGUAACGUUCUGUUCAAGCAAAUCAAAACAAUUACAGCAGCCACCAUCAGAAGAAACAGUUCAAGCUCGAAAUAAACUCGAUCGACGAAUAAAAUUUGCCGCGACUCGUCCAGCCGCAACUUUUGCCAAUACAGCACCUGCUAUCAUCACAACUGCUCAACCAUCUGUUACCCCUCCUAGAAUCGAAAAACAGCCAAUACAAAAAAAAUCAUCAUUACCAACUGAAAAAUUUUGUUUUUUAUCAAUACGAAAAAAACCUUCCGAUGCACUAGCACGUUGUCCGUGGUGUGCAAAACCUUAUUUGCCGAAUUGUAUACAUUAUUGUAGAAAUUCAAAAGAAUUAUUUUCAAUUCAUUCGAAAUAA